AUGGAGAGAGCCAAUCACAUCAACAUUGCAAUGAUCGAAGAUAUCGGCACCAACGGGAUGGCCAGGUCAAAGGUCAUCACAGCCACGGACCAGAACAAGCAGCCCUGCGGAUCCACUGUGAGCUUCCACAACAUCCAGUACAAAGUGCAGCUGAAGAGUGGCUUCUUCUGCAAAAGGAAAACCAGUCCCAAGGAGAUACUGGUGGACCUCAAUGGUAUAAUGAGACCUGGCCUGAACGCUAUUCUUGGACCUACUGGAAGUGGAAAAUCUUCAUUCUUGGAUAUUCUGGCUGCGAGGAAGGAUCCUUCAGGACUCUCAGGAGAAGUACUCAUUGAUGGAGCACCACAGCCUCCAAACUUCAAAUGCCUCUCUGGCUAUGUGGUUCAGGAAGAUGUGGUCAUGGGCACCCUGACUGUGAGGGAGAAUCUGCGUUUUUCUGCAGCUCUGCGGCUCCCCAGCUCUGUGCCUCAGAGUGAGAAGGAGGCUCGAGUCAAUCACCUAAUCAAAGAACUGGGUCUUACAAAAGUGGCUGACUCCAAGGUUGGCACACAGAUGACCCGGGGAAUCUCAGGAGGAGAGAGGAAGAGGACAAACAUCGGGAUGGAGCUGAUUAUUGAUCCCUCAGUUCUCUUCCUGGAUGAACCAACCACAGGGCUGGAUGCUAGCACUGCCAACUCUGUCUUACUGUUGCUGAAAAGAAUGGCCAGUCAUGGAAGAACCAUAAUCAUGUCUAUCCACCAACCUCGCUACUCAAUCUACAGACUGUUUGACACGCUAACCUUGCUGGUUAGUGGCAAAAUGGUGUACCAUGGACCAGCGCCAAAUGCUUUGGACUACUUUGCUAACAUCGGCUAUCCCUGUGAGCCCCACAACAACCCAGCUGACUUCUUCCUGGAUGUUAUUAAUGGAGACUUCACUGGUACAACCAUCACCAAAGUGCACGGCUCUGAAGAUUUGGACUUUGAGGAGCUCAGCAGCUCUAGGCAGAGUAUCGAGGAGCGGCUGAUAGAGGAGUACAGGAACUGCAGCUACUCCAGCGACACACGAGCCGAGCUGGGCCGCAUCGUCCAGGAUAAGGAGUGUAUCUCACGUCCAAAAUCCCGCACCAUCACCUACAACAGCUCCUUCUUCCACCAGCUACGUUGGGUGCUACAAAGAACCUUCCAGAACCUCAUGUUAAACCCACAAACAUCUGUUGCCCAGCUGGGAGUCAACAUCUUUCUCGCCCUCAUCGUAGGAGCCAUUUUCUUCAGAGUCAAAGAUGAUCAGAGUGGUAUCCAGAACAGGAUGGGCGCCCUCUUCUUCAUCACCACCAACCAGUGUUUCAGCACUGUGUCUGCAGCUGAGCUCUUCAUCAUUGAGAGGAAACUGUUUGUGCAUGAGUACAUCAGUGGCUACUACAGAGUGUCUGUCUACUUCCUCUCAAAGAUCCUGUCUGAUGUCACUCUGCGCACCAUCACCUCUGUUAUCUUCAGCUGUAUUGUCUAUUUCAUGAUCGGGCUCAAAUCCACAGGAGCAGCUUUCUUCAUCUUCACGCUGACAGUGACUCUGGUGGCCUACACAGCCACAGCCAUGACCAUGGCCAUCUCAGCCGACCAGAGCGUCGUGGCUCUGGCCAACAUCUUCAUGACCAUCACCUUUGUCUUCAUGAUGAUUUUCUCAGGUCUCCUGGUGAACCUACCCAGCAUCACGGAUUGGCUGGCUUGGCUGAAGUACUUCAGUAUUCCUCGCUAUGGUCUCGCAGCCUUGAAGAUCAACGAGUUUGUGGGUUUGAAGUUCUGUGAGGAGGUUGUGAACAGAAACGCCAACAUGUCAGCAUUAAUGACCAACUGCAGUGUGAGCGCAGCUGUGACAUGUACAGGAGAGCAGUAUCUGGACUACCUGGGAAUAGAGUACACCCCCUGGGGAUUGUGGGAGAACCACGUGGCUUUGACUGUCAUGUCCGUCAUAUUCCUCAUCAUCGCCUACCUGAAACUCCGCAACAUCAAGAAGUUCACUUAA